AUGAAAAUUAUAAUUCCCUUUGCAUUCGCUGUUCUCGGUAUAUUCACUAGCUCAAUAAUUGCUGACGGCAACAAUGAUAAAAAUUCGCGAAUCCCUGUGAUUAUUGACACAGAUGGUGACUCGGAUGAUUUCCUUGCGAUUCUUUACGCACUUAAAUCCAAGGAGCUUGAUGUACGAGGCGUUACUUACCAAGGGGAUGGAUGGUCCCAUGCAGCUUCGGCACAAAAUAUUGUUGAUAUCAUCGACGAUAUUUAUUCUGGAAAGAACAUUCCUGUAAUACUUGGUGCUGAUUAUAGUCUCUACGAAUCUGACAGAAAUCCUAACACUUUAGGUACUCCAGGUUGUACUUAUCAGAAAUCGGUCCCGGAAGGUGCAGGCGGAAGACGUGAUACCGAUUUGCUAUACGGGCUCAACCGAAAACUCAGACUAUCAAAUCGAUUAUGGUAUGACGCAGUUAAAGGGUUUAAUAUCACCCAGAACCUUGCUGACCUUAUCGACUCUACAAUUAACCAAACUGGCAAGAAACCCACAAUCAUAGGAACGGGUCCAGCUACCAAUAUCGCUACGUUUCUACGUGCCUUCCCAACUUACACCACAAAAAUUGAACGAUUCGUAUGGCUGGCCGGAGCUUUAGAUGUUCCUGGAAACUUGUUUAGCGUGCCAAAUAAUACUCGUGCCGAAUUUAAUAUUUACCUUGACUGUGUUGCUGCUCAAGAAGUUUUAAACUCUGAUCUAAAAAUCACUUUGGCACCCCUUGACUUUACAGAUCAAACACCGCUCAACACUUCUUUCUUUGACAAACUCUCAAAGCUUAAAAGCUUCUACGGAAAAUUUGUGUAUCAACUUUUAUUUAUUAUACGUGCAACAUGGUUUGGUGGGGAUCCUGCAUUCUUUAGUGGUUAUUUUCUCUGGGAUCCUAAAGCAGUUGCUAUUGUUAAAAAUAUUGGUGUCGCAAAGGUUGUGUCAAAUCGCACAUUAGCUAUUACCUGUACUGGAGACGUGAAUUAUGAUGGUCAGUUUGUAAGAUCUCAACUCAUGACUAAAGCAGAUCUUACAAUUGCCCUUGUUCCUAUUAUUAGUAACCCUGUUGACAAUUCUCCAUUUUUCCAAGAUUUCCUCAGUGUAAUCGAUAGCGAUUAA